AAAAUAAAUAUUAAAAAAAUUAGACUACUCCAAAGAUAAAGUAAAACACAAAAAACAUUGCAAGUCAAUCCACAAUUUAAAUAUACUUGAACUGCUAAGCUAUUCUAUGACAGUCCUAAACAACUCACAGGACAGUCUACAUAACAACUUAUUCUUUGUUAUAAACUAUGGUAGCCCAACUACCUGCAUGACACAUGGUAGCACAGAAGAACUGGGUGGCUUCUCACUUGUGGUGCAAUUAGAGUUCUGAAUAGACUGAGCUGUAGCUCUGACCACCAAGUUCAUAAUUCCUGAUGUAAACUACUUCUGGCACUUGACCAGACUAGCACUCCACCCGAAAAGCAAGUGCAAAACAAAAACCCCAACUCCUUGCUAAGAGCUGAUGCUUACAAAAUCAGGGAACAUAUUACUGAAAGCAACAAAGGAGUUUAUAGGUAUACAGUUUACAAAAACUAUCAUUGCUAGCAAGUAGCAAAGACUUGUGUCUUGAGAUGAAAAAAUGUAUGGAAGAAAAAACCUAACUUUGUAUUACAACAGGUACAGAAGACAACAAGGCUCUUACAGAGGAACAUCCAGACAGGUGUCACAAUUCAGACGUCAAGUGAUCAAUACCACAAAAGGGAAUAAAGAAUGAAGAGGAGGAAAAAAAGACCAAAGCAAAACAAAGAGCUCUGUAAAAUCUAGAAGACAGUGACUCAGUUGAUGUGUUUUUCACUGCUUUGUUGUCCCAUAAUGUCGUGCAACUCCUACCUGUAUAAUCAACAAUCUCAAAGCAUUUAGUGACCAACCCUGUCUGAUCAUAACUGAGAUACAGAAAGCAGAAAUUUUUAACAGUUACUUAAGUAUUUGAAUUUCUAAAGUGGAGCAGAGCGACAGAAGCAAUUACCUAACUGCUGUGAAAAGUUUAAGCAAGAGGAAUUAACCUGUAAGAAACAAAUGGAUCAAGCCCAACUAUACUUACUUAUUUAGAAAUGACAACAAUGAUAAUUGCUAAUUGAUAAUUGACAUUUGCUAAUGUCUUUCAUUCUAGUAUUUUUUACUUAACAUAUGACUUGAAAUAUCAAUUUAAAAAUAUUCCAGCAAAAAAAGAAUGCAUUACUUUUACUAAGUAACAUUUCACAACGUUAUAAUCAAGACAGGCCAUAGACAAAAAGCAUUUGUCUCCUGGAUUUUUGGCUUAUUUCUUCUUUUCUGCAGCUUUUUACAAAUAUUCUUCUUCCUCUUUAAGGAGCAAAACCAUCUUUCACACAUUUAUAAAAACUGUAAAGCAAAUUUUAAUGGAACUGUUUUCUUAGUGCAGCCAUCCUUAAAAAAAGCAGUGUGCAGCAUCUCCGCUCACAUUAGCAGUAAUGCCACUUCUUAGUAUUACUGAGAAUAUCCUGUGUGAACUGAGACGAAUGAAGCAGCAGCCCCCAAUCAAAUCAACACGGCAUUAGAGUAUUUUAUGACACAGCUGUCUCAUCGGUAGUUCACUUCUACUUCCCACAAGAAUAUUAAUGCACUCGAAAUCCUUUUAACUGCUAGACAAAGACCUGAACAGGGCCAAAGCAACCCUCUAGUAUACCAAAACUUCCAAGACUUCAAAACGUCAUUAAAAGAUAGAUCUCAACUUGACAGUUUGGUGGAAGUGCCUGGUAUCAGUUUCUCCCUUGGCUUUGUAAUUUUUCAUUGAUUAUAUUCGGUACUGUUACAAAGUAUGAGUAUCCAUAACAUAGAGAGAUCCAUUUCCAUAGUUGCUCCCUUCUUUGCUUAAAAGUUCAUGAAAUUCAAUCACACAAGUUGAGUUUGUUGCAGACGACUUAGUAUAUGAAGAGAAAACAUCUGCAAUCUAAAGGCACAAUGCUGCUCAACCACCUUUACUGUUCAAAAACAAAAACAAAAAAAGGGAUAGCUCUAUGGCUCUCUUUACAUGAAAAGUCAAGCACUGUCCAAAAAAGCCCCUUUUUCCCCUCAGGGAAAAAGGGGCAUGCUUCUGUAAAAAGCUUGUUAGUCCUUCCGAAACAUAGUGACGUUACAAACUUCUGGUACGUCUGUCACUGUAAGAUCGACGUAACGCUGCUUUAUUAAGCGAUCGAGAAGCCUGAACUGCCCGAGACGUGUUUCAAAGGGCGACUGCCGAUCUGCGCCGGCCGUCUUUGGCGCCACAAGUGCCCGCGGUGCCCGGGACGCGCGGGAGCAGCCGGCAGGGCCAACGCGGAACUGCCCGCGGCCCGACCCAAACUUUCCCGGCUGCGGAGCUGCCGCGGUGAGCACUCAGCUGCCGCGCCGCCCCCGGGAAGACGCCGAGGGACUUUUGGGAAGGAGGACGGCCCCGAGCACCCAGCUCCAGACCCGUGCUCAAAGUUCGGCCCAGGGCGCGGGAGGCCGCCCACCGCCGCCCGGCUCCCCCAGCGGGCGUGAGAUGGAGUUGCCAGACUCAAUCACUACUUGCCUUUCUCAACCUGUGCACUAUGUGAUUUGCAAACUUGGAUUUGAGAAGAAAGACACCUAUGAUAUUAAUAAUAUUUUAUCUGGAAACGGGGAAGUUUGUUGGCGGGCUGUUUCAGAGCAUGUGUGUUACCUUGAAUCAGGUCAAAGCGUGGAUUAUAUCAAAAGCAUACGAUCAUUAGGACCUGUCUGUGAAUCUGUUAAUUCAUACUUCAAAUCUUUGACCAAGGAGCAGUUUGUAAUUCAGUAUGCCUCGUGGUUCCACUGGACAAACUGCACAGAGGUAUUUCUGGAAGUGUUUGAUGUUUUGCAAUCUACACAAGCUACAGAAGUUGCUCUUGGCCUAAUGAAACUAACAUCAUGCUUGGAGCGAGCCUUGGGUGACGUGUAUUUGCUUAAGGGUAAUGAUUGUCCUUUCCUUCUAAGAGACUUGCUUGCAUCUGAGCAGCUUGCAGAUGUCUUUGGACAAGCUGUAAUGAAUGUACUGAAGGUAUUCAUUGGAUCUCCACAUGGUCUGAACCUUCGUAAUGUUUUGUGGCAUGGAUUUGCAUCACCACAGGAAAUUCCUGCCAAGUACUGUGCUAUGCUGCUCUUUUUAACUGCAGGAUUGGGUCAGUUGUUACAGACUUAUCUUCUGCAAACUAAAGGUGUUUUAGUACAUAGACCUUAUGUGAUCUUCAUUAGCUUAGAGGAGCUUGAUGCAUUUCCAGAUCUUAAUAGUGAAAUACUUUCCAUAGCUGAAGAACUUGUAAAACUGUCCAGUUUUGUAUUAAAAAUUAUGUUACCAUUUUGGAUUGCUGCUUUAACAGCUUUCAAGCAAAGCAGGUAUGCUGACAGUGUGAUUCUCUUACUUCCUCAGCUGGAAACUGGACUUAGAUUGCUCUUCACUACAACUAAUAAGUGUCCAAAUCGAUUGCUAACGGCUGAGUCUUCUGCUCUCUAUACCACUUUUGAUGAGAUGCUCUCAAAGCAUUUGGAUAAUGAAGAAGUCAACCAGCUACCUGUAGUUCUUGAAGAGCCUGCCAUGGACUUCCUUUGGGAUUUCUUGAACCACCAGGAGGGCCCACGUAUAAGAGAUCGUUUAAGCCAUGGAGAGAUCAAUCUAGAAACAUUUCCCAGAGAAAUAGCUAACCAAAUAGUUGGAUUUGCUAUUACAAUUCUCUGCAGAUUCUCAGAUGAGGAUGUGUUUUCUCUUAAGGAACACAUGCUCAUGAAACCACUGAUGAACUGUGCAAGUUGCUACCAAUCCCGAUUUCAUCCAAUUUCCCGACUCAAGAAACAGGUGCUGGAAUGUAUGAAGAGCAUCCAUUUAUGGCCUGAGUUGGCAACAUUGCCUGAGGAACAAGUACAAAAGAUUAAAGGGUUGGAAGGAAAUGCUGAAACUAAUACUUUAAUUUUGAUGGUAUCUGAAAUUAUAUCUCAGUUGCAGCAUUAUAUGCCCCAGAACUGCUGUAGUUCAGACGAUCCUAUCAAUAGUGUCCUAACAGAGAGGCUGCUGGUGGAACUUAGUGAUACACGCAUUUGCACGCUGUAUUCCCCACGACCUGUCCUGGAAGCAGUGGUGGUACUCCGCAAAAUAAGCGCGCAGUGCCAUCAAGUGUCCCAACAGGUUAUUGCCGGCGCUGGGCUGAGAUACGCGCAGUGGCUUAACAAGAGUCUGCGCUCUCGCCAGAGGCACAACUAUGGGCGGAUGCUGAACAGCAUUAAAUUUUUGUCUCCAGUGUUGCGGCUCAUCUUACUAAUGAUUACUCUGGAACUAGUCAGUGUUCAUUCAGUUUCUAAGAAGAAUCCUUUUGAUUAUCAGCAGUAUCUAAAGUUUUUGAAGUCAGUCUUGCAAUACACGGAGAACUUGGUCACAUACACGAGCCCUGACAAAAACAAGUGGGAUGAAACCAUGGAACUUACAAAGAAGACUUUGAUAAAAAUAAAGAAAAUCAGUGACAGAAAGCUAAUGUUAAUGCAUCUACCUACGUGAAUGAAAUGGGCUUAUGAUUGUCAGGACAUUGUUAUAGCUAAACAGUUACAGAGACCUCAUAUUUGAUAAGUCUAAUUCAAAGACAAAUUUCAUAAGUCAUUUUCAAAUUUUGGAUGCAAAAUUUACUCUUUUUAUCAGAAGGUAGCUGCUGAUGCUGGAGAUGAAUGAGCAGAGUUCCAGAGAAAAUGUUGUUUGUCAUAUCCACUGAAAAAGAUUUACUGUGAACUAAAUCAGGAUGAUACAAGCUCUAUUGUAAAUAUAUCUUGUGUAUUGUACAUUGAUUGUUCUUAUAUUUUUUGUAAUUUUUUUUUUUUGUUUCCUACUGUACUGAAAAAUACCUAAGAAAAAAGUGUGAAUAAAAAGCUCUGGAAAUUUUUAAACCCUAAAAGUAAUUUUUUACUUUGGAAUACAUCAGAUAUUAUGUCAGAAACUGUGAUCAACAGGUUAAGAAAUGAUGAAUUUUAAUCCUAAAAUAGUGCUCAUUGGCAUCUUUGGUUGUUAUUAGUUGUAAACAGUGUGUUCUUGCUCUGAACUCUGAGGCAGAGCUGGUAAUACAGUAACCAGUUGUUUAUAGAUGAGGAUUUAAAGGAACAGGAUGGAUACUUCUGCAGAAGGAUACUUCUGCAGGGUAUGUGUUUGUUUUGUUAAAUUUCAUCUUCUCAUUUCAAAACAUAUUUAGUUAAUUAAUUUCAUACAGAAUAAAUGUGAAAAUGCACAUGCACAUGCUAACAGACACAUAUUUACUGUGUCUUAGAAAGUUAUCCUCUUAUAUCACACAGUAUUAAUUUGAAUAUUUUAGUUUUUCAAAAUAAAUUCUCCCCCUUUUUCAUCAUGAAAGAGUAGAACUUCAAAUGAAUGCAUAGGUUGAAGAACAGAUUCACAGAAGAUCACCAAUGUCUCUCCAUUUGCUUUCUCCUAUGGAGAGUAAAAUUAGAGGGUAAUGUCUGGAGAAUGUUUGGCUCUACAAAGGAUUAAAGAUUCAAGUUACAUUUUAAUAAGCUUCUUUGCAGUGUUUCUUGACUGGAAAUCACAGCUAGAGAAUUACUAGUUUGGUUUAUUCAUUG